AUGCCUACCGAUGACCCUUUCGCCUUCCUGGCUGCUGAGCAGCCCAAGCCCACAAAGAAACCCCACUGGCGCGAGAAGCUCUUCUCCAAGGACAAGUCCAAUCGCUCCACCCCCGACAAACAGAUCGAAGACUUCCUCGCGACCUCGCGCCCCGAUGGCCUUGCGCCCAAGACCGACCCGGCCACCACCCCGAGAGACUAUCCGCCGCCCCAACUCGCCCACCUCGCAGGCCCCCGUGCGCCUGCCACGCACGAUCUCGCCAGCUCCAGCUCGACCUCACUACCCCCGUCGCUCCCUCCACCCCCGACCGAUGACUUUGCCGCCUUCAAUUUCGACGACCUCUCGUCCCAGCCCCCUCGCCCGCUCCCUGCUGAACCCGCCCGCAAACCCACCACCCGUCGCCGCAAAAACAAGGGCCUCCGCGUGGGCUUCUCCGACCGAGCGCCCGAAUUGAUUGGCGAAGGUGGUGAUGAGUCUGAAGCGCCAACCAUCGAGAUCUCCUACGCUCGCAAACGAGCCCUCGAGCGACAGGCCGCCAACCCUCCGCGACGGGCUCCGUCACGCUCCCCGCUACCCACCCUCCGCGUCAACACCUCGCUGGGCGAAGGUGAUGACCGUCGGCGCGGACGCACGCCCUCCCCGGCCUCGGGAGGAAGCCCGAAUUCACGACCACCGCCAUCGCAGAAUGUCCAGGAGGCGGAUUUGCUGAGUACGCUUGGCCUGGCCAACAAGCCGGGCUCGCGGUUGUCCUUCCGCGGAUCGCCCGACUCGCACUCGUUUGCGGAGCGCGUGCGAGACAAGAUGCAGGCCGAAGAAGCUCGGGCCUUGCACAAGCAUUACGAAGACGAUGUGGCGUCGCCAGCGGACGAGUACGAGGACGAUGAACUGUCGAGCCCCGAAUCGCCUCCUGAAAUGCCCGCCUCGGCGUUCAGCCCCCAGGAAUCGACGUCGCACUACGAAACCCCUCCCAUGUCCGUAACCUCUCCUCAUGCGCCCUCUCUCAAGUCCAUUGUCCAAUCGAUUCGUCACCCCUCGAGCCCAGCUGUCCACCGCAACCCCGCCAAUUUGAGCCCGGUUGACUCUCGCGUGCCGGCCGGCCUCACCCCAGGAAGCCCCUCGAAGGUCUCGCCGCCACCUCCCAAGCCGCCUGCACAUGGGACGCCCGCAGUUGACCAGUUGACAUCGCCGCAAGCGAGCCGAGAACCCUCGCGCAGUCCCAAUCCCCCCAAAUCUUCUCUGCGCAAUGUAGCCAACCAGGUGGGUGAUACGUCGUUUACGGAAUUCAAGGAUUACAUUGCUCGCUACGACAGUCUCCUGAGGUUGGCGGCUGAGAGCGUCAAGCCCUUGAUGGAGACAUCUCUGAUGGAAUGGAUCCGCGCAGGUGUGUGGUGGUUCUUGCGGGGAAAAACUCGGCUGGAAACUUUUGCCCGCUCGCGAGCCACUCUGCCGCCCAGCUAUGCGAAGCAAGCCGUCAUCGACCUCGGAAAGUCCCUGUGGAUCAAUGAGAACAUCAUCCCGGCCCAUUACGAACUGGCGCAGUACGGUCCGAAUCUGGGCAUCGAUGGCCUCCUGGCCGUGGCUAACACCACAAACAAUAAAGAUUUGGCGGAAGCUCUCACUCUGCACCAGACCACCAUGAACCACCUCCGUUCCCUUUCUAUGUCUAUCAAGCGCAAUAAUAUUAUUUCUGUGAUUCUCGCCGACGAGAACUCCCCCAGCCAACUCGAUACGAGCAUCUGGCUCCGAUACCCGUUCUUUGCCCCUGAUGUUUCGGCUGUGCUUUCUGGCAAUGCCACGCGAUCCAUGCUUGCCGAUAAGCCUGGCAAGGCCCCAAGCCUCUUCCACAUGAUGCCACUUGGAGAUACUCCUCGGUACUUCAGCUACGGCAGCCUUUUCGUCCAGGCAUGCGUCAGUUCCAGCGAUGAUGAGGGCGAGCAGUACGCCAUGCCCUGCGCCUUGACGAUCAUCCGAGAUCGAUCUGAUUGGUACGUGCAUGCCGCGAUUACGAGUCAGAGCCAACUGGUGAAUGUCAUGAUCCAGUCCGACCGCAAGCAAGGUCCCACCUGGGAGGACGUGGAUUGGCAAGUUCGCACCCACUCGAUGCGGGUGAAACUGCCUCGCGGGUUCGAGUUGAAUGUCAUGUUCAAGGAAGAAGAUUUCAAAACGCUUUGGAACAUCGUCAAGUACACGAAGAAAUCCGAGGCUAGUCUUUCGCCGGAACCGGGCGAGACGGUUGUAUUUGAGAAUACUCUGAAGGUGUUCCAGUACAUGGACUCGGGCGCCCACAAGGCAUUUCCCUCAGAGCCAUUGGAGCGAUGUCGGAUCCGCCUGUUUGAGCGUUCUGUCAAGGUGACAGAAGGAACGGGAACGCGCAAUGCCCACCGUGGUUUCCGACUGGCUAUCCUCACAAGCCCCAAGGUGAAGACGCUGAGCAGUGUUCAGCAUAUGCUGGGUCAGGGAUGGCCUGUCGUGUUCGGACUGCUGCGAGGAGAAGACGGCGCUGCCGCGCUUUUGCUCAAGGUUACCGAAGAAGGACGCCAGCGAUCCAUGUUGAUGACUUUCCACGAAGCGGAAGAACGUACGAGAAUGCACUCGGUGUUGUUGGGUAUGGCGCCCCGCGAGGGCGAGGCCAAGACGCCCGAGUUCCCUAUCCGGUCCUACACCAUUGAGCAACCCGGCGAAGGAAGUGGCCAGGCCGCCAUUAAUCAUCUCCAAUUCCCCGCCGGCAAUGUCUUGGUGAUUGAUCAGGACAACGCGUAUGUGGAGCAUGGCUAUGGACCGACCAUCCUGUCUGAACAUCUCAGAGCGUUUAUCGCUACUGAAUGGGGCUCUGUUACGGACCGUAUUAACUUGGGCCCUGGAGAGCUGAAGAUCGGGCUGGAUGUCAAGAGCAAGACGGGCAUGAGCUUGUACCGUCCCGCGCAGCAGGAUCUGACGGUUUCGCUGGCGGACAAUCUCGUUCGCCCGGAGAUGCCGGAGCAAGUGGCUGAAUUCCUUCAGAAGAUUACUGCCAAGCCGAUGGUUCGUCGGCUGGACUUUGCCUCUAUGCAAGCUCUACAUGCCUUUGAAGAAGCAGUGACUGGUUUUUCGGUUAUCUAUGAUGGUACCGCGUCUUCUUUCACCAUCUCUCGCCGCCGCUCGGUGGUCCCCAUCUACAAGAAAUGGGAGGCCAAUCUCGCCCGCGUCCAGAUCGUGCGACAAGAAAAGGUGGUCCAACUGCUCGCCUUCUUCGCGGACUUCCACCACGGCUCCUGCAUGAACUUUGUCCUCAAGGCUGCCGAUCAUAUCGAGUCGUUUGGCCGGUCUGGCAAAUUCGGCAUUCGCAUUGUUGACGCCAAAUUCGCUCUACCGCGGAAGCCCGAAGAACCGGGCGCCGACUUUGUGUGUCUGGAUAUGCCUGAAUAUCCGAUCGAACAUGACGAUAUUGCUAUUACGUUUGAUUCGGAGGCUGACCGCACCAACUUCAAGGUGGCCCUACCUGGCUCGGUCCGUGAACCAUCCCGCAUGGGAUCACUGCGUCGAUGA